GGCCUGCGCGUCCUACGCGGACCCCGGGGUGGAGCGGGAGGUCCUGGCGGGUGGCGGCCGAGGUCCGCUCAGCAUGGGGGAGGCCGCGGCCGGCGCGGGGGCGUCGGCGGGGACGGAGGCUGACCCGGAGGCUGAGGUGGUGAAGCUGCUGCCCUUCCUGGCGCCGGGCGCGCGGGCCGACCUGCAGGCGGCAGCGGUGCGGCACGUGCUGGCGCUCACCGGCUCCAGGCCCGGCCGCGUGCUGCUGGCGGGGCAGGCGGCGCUGCUGCGGGCGCUGGCGGACCUGGCGCCGGCCUCCGCCCCGGCCCGCGACGCCGCCCGCGCGCUCGUGAACUUGGCCGCCGACCCCGGCCUGCACGAGCCGUUGCUGGCGGCUGACCCCGGGCUGCCCGCGCGCCUGCUGGGCCGCGCGUUGGACCCGCAGUGGCCCUGGGCGGAGGAGGCGGCCGCCGCGCUGGCCAACCUCAGCCGCGAGCCGGCGCCGUGUGCCGCGCUGAUGGCGCUGCUGGCGGAGCCAGGAGACUCCGUCCUGGAGCGGCUGGUGCGCGCGCUGUGCACGCCCGGCUAUAACGCCCACGCGUCCCUGCACUACCUGGCGCCGCUGCUCUCCAACCUCAGUCAACGCCCUGCGGCGCGGGCCUUCCUCCUGGACCCCGACAGGUGCGUGGUCCAGCGGCUGCUGCCCCUUACCCAGUACCCUGACUCCUCUGUGCGCAGGGGCGGGGUGGUGGGGACGCUUCGGAAUUGCUGCUUCGAGCACAGACAUCACGAGUGGUUGCUUGGACCUGAGGUGGACAUUCUCCCCUUUUUGCUCCUGCCCUUGGCUGGGCCUGAGGAUUUCUCCGAGGAGGAGAUGGAACGGCUGCCUGUCGAUUUGCAGUACCUGCCGCCAGACAAGCAGCGAGAGCCUGAUGCAGACAUCCGCAAGAUGCUUGUUGAAGCCAUAAUGCUGCUGACAGCCACAGCACCAGGUCGGCGGCAGGUGCGGGAUCAGGGAGCCUACCUGGUCCUUCGAGAGCUGCACAGCUGGGAGCCCGAGUCCGACGUGCGGACGGCUUGUGAGAAGCUAAUCCAGGUGCUUAUUGGAGAUGAGCCUGAAUGUGGCAUGGAAAACCUGCUGGAAGUCCAGGUGCCUGAGGAUGUGGAACAGCAGCUGCAGCAGCUGGAUCACCAGGAGCAGGAACAGCUGGAACGGGAGCAAUUGGAGCGGGAGCUGGCUCCUGAGCCAUGGCUGGAGAGGGCCACACCCACCUGAGGCCCCUGCAGCCAGACACCAGCUCCAGGGCCCCCUUUGCCAGGCUUUCUCAGACCAGGCCUUCCUGCAGCUGCCUACAGGCCCCUUGGGUCCCCCUGCUCAGAGACUGCCCUGCUGAGAAGCAGAGCUACACUUAAGCUGCAGUAGGGAUUGGAGGCGCUUCCCAGCCCUUUGCAGUGUUGCUACCAGCAAGAAUGAGAGUUGCUUAGAACAGCACUGUGAGCCAGGUACCGUGACUCAGCUGCCUGUGCAAAAGGUGGAGGUGGCAGGUGGAUGGCCAUGGAGCCAUGAGAAGACUUCCUGGGCAUGGUGUGGGGACUGGACAGAAAACCACUGCAAGCCCCAAGGAGCCAGCUGGAGUUUCCCAGUCCCGAGGCACUGCAGGGUCUGGGGAGACGUGGGCGCAUAAGUACAAGUGGUGUUUUGUCAGCCCCCUCCCUGUGGCUCUCAGCACCCCACUCCCUGAGACCUGGUCUCAAAGGGCUGACCCAGCCAUACCUAGAUCCUGGGGUCUUCCUGGGACUGUGCCUCCCUGUUUGACCUAUGCUGCAGGACCCUGUCCUCAACCCUUGUCAGCUCCUUAAGUUUCCCUGCUUCCCAGUCUUAGAUUGGAUGGCCUCUCAAGCUAGGCCAUUUCCCUGGUCAGCUUCUUUGAGCCAGGGUCACUAUCCUUAGCCUUCCUGCCUCUGCCAGGAGCCUCCAGAUGUGCCUGCAGCCUGGCCCCUGCCCAGGCCUCCCCCCACUCCCCUCUGCCCCUGUGGUAGAGCCCAUGCUGGGCCCAGGGGCCUUACCUGCUUCUCUCCUGGACCCGUGUGCAUUCCCCCCCACCUGCUAGUUGUGUGGCUGCUAAGCCCCAUGGGCUGUCAUGGUGGCUCUUACCACACUUUUCCUUCCUGAGCUCAUCUGACCUCACUGCCGCCUCUUGCAUUGGGCUCCUGAGUGCUGGCCCCUUCUCACUGAUGGGCCCAUCCAGGCCCCUUGAGCCCUGGUGAAGGAGCUUAGCUUGUCUUGGGAGUUCACAGUGUCCCAUUCCACACCCUAAAACUGGAGGCCUGCUCUACCUGUGGUCUCCUGCUGUAGCCAGGUGCUUCAUCAGGUGCUGGGCAUCUCCCUCCUCCAGGAUCUCCUCUAACCUGCCCCUAUUAAAGCUCUGCCACUCAUGCA